AUGUAUUCAUCAUCCUCAUCGUCGCGCCGCCGCCGCCGCCGCCGCCGCCUCGGUGGCCCUGGAGGCGAGGUGACCGUCCCCCCGCCCUGCCCCUGCGUCGCGUCGCGCUGCAGCUCCCGCCCCAGCCGGGCCGAAGAUGGGGUGGCGGCUGCGGUUUUUCGCGCGACUUCCUUAGAUCUCGGGGCAAACGCGCGGAUAGUUCGGACGCGGGUCCGGGCUGAUCUCGCUUCGUUUUAUUGCAUUUUAUUACUAAUUAAAAAGCUUGCGUUCGCCGUCCGCAGCCCGCUCUUCUCCCGACUCUGCCCUCGGCCCCCGCCUCCGCCCCGCGGCCGCUCAGGGGGCGCCGGGCCCGCGCGCCAGAUCCCGGCUCCUCCGAAGCCCCUCGGAGCCCCGCCGCCGCCCUCGGGCCUCCGGGCCCCCGCCCCUCCCCCUCGCCCCCACCCAACCGGCUGCUGCUCGGGCUCCUCGGCUCAAAAACAACAGCCGAGGCGCCGCCAGCUCCGCGCUCCGCCACUGCCCCGGCCGGCGGGCUGCCUCGGACCCGCCGUCUCGGUACGGCGCCCAGCGACCGAGGGCAGCGCACUCUGCGUUGGGGGCGGCUUGGGGGCAGCCGUGCGAACACCAGGCGUCCUCCGCCCCGCGUCCCCCGGCGUCCCGUCCGGCACCUCGCCGCCCCGGGGGCGCAUCCGCGCGCUCCUGCCUCCGCUCCCCUGCUCGACUGCCGCCGCGGCCCCAGAGUAUCAAGGUUCCGCCAGGCAGCAAGACUUGGAGAUGUCACUGCGUCACCCGAGCCCGGGGCAGGGGUCGUGCCGGCGGUUCCAGGAGCUGAAUCCCACGAAGGAGCGAGUGAGGAGCAUCACAUCAUGAAGGGACAGGCAGGCGCAAGGGAGACUCGUGUGGCCACAGAUGGGAAUGGAGCUCUGGCACACACUCUGCUCGGGUGAACCCAGAGGACAUGAGGCCAAGUGGACAAGACCCGUCAUCCAAGGCCACGUCUUAUAGGAUUCCCAUCACAAAAUGCCCAGCAGCCAGACCGUGGAACCUGCUCAGGUGUCCAUCAGUGGAUGAAGCAUUUUUAAAAAUGAGGUAUCUACCUCAUUUUUUGUUUUGUUAUUGUUGUUGUUAUGCUUCACAUACAAACCCAGGGCCUCCAGCAUGCGAGGCAAGCACCUGCCACUGAGCCGCACUCCUAAUCCCUCAAGGGUUUUAUUCAGCCAUAAAGAAAAAUGAAAUCAUGUCAUUUGAAGGACAAUAGAUGGAACAGGAGAACAUGAUGUUAAGUGAAAUAAACCAAACUCAGAA